AAACUCGUCAUUUCCGGGUGUCAAUAUGCGUCUUGGUAGUGCGGCGAUAAGCAUCGGUAAGAUGUGAGCGGGAAGAAAAGAUACAACAAUCUGCCUCCAAAACGAAAGCACGGGCCGCCGACAGCAUCGACGUCACUGUCAUCCUUUGUGUCCCGUCAUCCGCUAGUGACUAGCAGCGGAUUCGCCGCCGACUGUCAGCCGUAUCUGCGCGAAUGGCCGCGGAGGUUCGGAGGGCCCUCGGCCGUGGCUGGUGUCUGACGCUCGGCCUGGCUCGCGGAGGCCUUCACGGCACCGUACUGCGGUCUCUUCUCUUCAUCACAGCCCUCAGCGGACUGGUCCGUCUCCCUGCGGCCACGGAGGCGAAGGAGUGCGAUAAACCGUGCUUGAACGGCCAGUGUAACACCGCCAGCGGCGUGUGUGUGUGCGAGCCGGGAUGGGUCGGGGAGCAGUGCCAGCACUGCGGCGGCCGCUUCAGGCUAACGGGACCCUCAGGCUAUCUCUCGGAUGGACCAGGAAACUACAAAUACAAGACCAAGUGCACAUGGCUCAUCGAGGGACAGCCGAACUCAAUCCUGAGGCUUCGCUUUGAGCACUUUGCCACCGAGUGCAGCUGGGAUCAUCUGUAUGUGUAUGAUGGAGACUCCAUCUACUCUCCUUUACUCGCUGCCUUCAGUGGUUUGAUUGUUCCUGAGAGCUACAGCAAUGAGACUGUCCCAGAGGUGGUGGCACAGUCUGGUUUCGCCCUGCUGCACUUCUUCAGUGACGCUGCGUAUAAUCUCACCGGCUUCAACAUCUCCUACAGGUUGAAUACCUGCCCCGAGAACUGCUCAGAUCAUGGGGAGUGUCGUGUGGGGUAUUCAAGUGACUCUGUGCAGUGUGUAUGUGAGGACGGCUGGAAAGGAGAGGCCUGUGAUGUGCCCUACUGCUCCUCUGACUGUGGCUUCCCUCUGCGGGGACGAUGUGACAGUGCCGCCAAAAGCUGCCAGUGCAAUCCAGGAUGGCAAGGCCUGGACUGUUCAAUAACUGUACCAGCAAAUGUUUCCUUCUGGACACGUGAGGAAUACAGCGGGCAUGGCUUGGCACGGGCGUCCCAUAAGGCUGUGGUUCAUGAAGACGUGAUGUGGGUGAUAGGUGGACAUGUGUUCAACUACACACACUACCAGAUGGUGACUGCGUUCAACAUCUCCUCUCAAAGCUGGAUGUCGUUAAACCGGUCCGUCAACUCUGUAACUGGACGCUACGGUCAUUCUCUCUCCCUGCAUGAGGAUAAAAUCUACAUGUAUGGUGGGAAGAUUGACUCCACAGGAAACGUGACAUCAGAACUGUGGGUGUUUCACACGUGGAACCAGUCGUGGGUUCUGCUGAAUCCGCAGGCUAAAGAACAGUAUGCCGUCGUGGGCCAUUCUGCACACACUGUCCAUCUUGACGAAUCGGAGCCUGUCAUACUGGUCGUGUUCGGACACUGCCCUCUUUACGGAUACAUCAGCCAAGUGCAGCAGUACAGCAUUGUAAAGAACACAUGGAGUGUUUUAGAGACUAAAGGGGCGCUGGUUCAGGGUGGCUAUGGGCACAGCAGUGUGUACGACCCUCAAACCCGCUCCAUCUACAUUCAUGGAGGAUAUAAAGCUUUCAGUGCCAAUAAAUACGGCUUGGCUGGAGACCUGUACCGCUACGAUGUGGACAAGAGAAUGUGGUUUAUUCUGAGAGACAGUGGUUUCUUCCGUUACCUCCACACGGCAGUGAUUGUUGGCGGGCACAUGUUGGUGUUUGAAGGGAACACACACAACGACACCUCAAUGAGCCACGGGGCGAAGUGCUUCUCCUCAGACUUCAUAGCAUACAGCAUCGCUUGUGAUGAGUGGACUGUUCUGCCCAAUCCAGAUCUUCACCGUGAUGUCAACCGUUUUGGCCACUCAGCCGUGUAUCACAAUGGGGUGAUGUACGUGUAUGGAGGCUUUAACAGCCUGAUGCUCAGCGAUGUGCUGAGGUUCACCCCUGCGAGCUGCGCUGCUUUCUCUGAGCAGCUGGAGUGUGAGACGGCUGUGCCCGGGGUGAAGUGUGUGUGGAACUUCACUACCUCCACCUGUAUGUCCUGGGACGCAGCGGCACCCCAUGACACCGAGGGCUUGAGAAACACCUGCAGUCCCAGAGGGUAUGCAGAUGGUGAAAAGUGUGAGCAGUAUUCAGACUGCUACAGCUGCACAGCGAACACUAACAGCUGCCAGUGGUGCGCUGCGGUCUGUAUGUCUGGUCAUAGUAACUGCACCAGUUCCCCGGGUGGGAUAAUGGAGUAUGAGGCAUGUCCAAAGGAUAACCCAUCCUUUGUGUGCAGCAAGAAGACCAGCUGUAAAAGUUGUGCCACAGAUCAGAACUGCCAAUGGGAGACGAGAAAUCAAGAGUGCACUACCCUCCCUGGGAAUAUCUGUGGAGAGAGUUGGCACCUGGUGGGGAACUCCUGUCUGAAGCUGAUCACAGCCAAGGACUCGUAUGACAACGCUAAACUGGCAUGCCGCAGUCACCAGGCGGUGCUGGCAUCCCUCACCACGCAGAAGAAAGUCCAGUUCGUCCUCAAAGAGAUGCACAACAGAUCACUGCAAUCAAAAGCAGUCAUCACUCCGUGGGUGGGUCUGAGGAAGAUCAAUGUCUCCUACUGGUGCUGGGAGGACAUGUCCCCCUUCACCAAUUCCACGCUACAGUGGUUGCCGGGCGAGCCCAGCGACGCUGGUUUUUGUGGGUACCUGGCUGAGGCCACUUUUAAUGGACUGAAGGCGGCAACCUGCGUCAACUCUGUUAAUGGAAGCCUGUGUGAACGACCAACGAACCACAGUGUGAAGCAGUGCCGGACCCCCUGUGCCCUGCGCUCUACCUGUAGUGAGUGCACCAGUGGGAGCUCAGAGUGCAUGUGGUGCAGUAACAUGAGGCAGUGCGUGGACUCUAAUGCUUAUGUGGCGUCCUUCCCCUACGGCCAGUGCAUGGAGUGGUACACCAUGAACAGCUGCCCACCGGAGAAUUGUUCUGGCUACAAGACCUGUGGUCACUGUUUGGAGCAGCCUGGCUGUGGGUGGUGCACUGAUUCCAGUAAUACAGGACAGGGCCAGUGUAUAGAGGGCUCUUACCGCGGUCCAAUCCAAACACUGUUCCACGCCCCUUCCUCUUCAGGCCCCUCCCUCAUUCCCGCCCCUCAGCCAAUGCUGAAUGUGAGCUUGUGCCCACUAGAGGGCAGCUACAACUGGUCCUUCAUCCAAUGCCCAGCGUGCCAGUGUAAUGGACACAGCUCUUGUGUCAAUGAGAGCGUGUGUGAGAGAUGUGAGGACCUCACUACAGGCAAACAGUGCGAGAGCUGUAUCUCCGGGUACUAUGGCGAUCCCACAAACGGGGGCAGCUGCCAACCUUGUAAGUGCAACGGCCAUGCCAGCAUGUGUAACUCUAACAAUGGCAAAUGCUUCUGUACCACCAAGGGCAUCAAAGGAGACCGCUGCCAUUUGUGUGAGGUAGAGAACCGUUACCAGGGCAACCCUCUGAAGGGAACGUGUUAUUACACUCUGCUGAUAGAUUACCAGUUUACCUUCAGUUUGUCUCAGGAGGACGACCGCUACUACACUGCCAUCAACUUUGUGGCAACUCCAGACGAGCAAAAUCGAGACCUGGACAUGUUUAUUAAUGCCUCAAAAAAUUUUAACCUCAACAUCACAUGGGCAACCAGCUUUGCAGCUGGGACUCAAGCUGGUGAGGAAAUCCCUGUUGUCUCCCGAAGCAACAUAAAGGAAUUCAAAGACAGUUUCUCCAACGAGAAGUUUGAUUUCCGUAGCAAUGCCAACAUUACCUUCUACGUGUAUGUCAGCAACUUUACCUGGCCAGUCAAAAUCCAGAUCGCUUUCUCUCAACACAGUAACUUCAUGGAUUUGGUUCAGUUCUUUGUCACGUUCUUCAGGUAA